UCCGUUUUAUUUACCUUUGAUUGUGAACUAAUCUAUAGUGUAGGUUUCGCGUGCUGCUUGUGCUGCAAACGUAAUAAAUAAUGCAUAAGAAUUGUUGGGUAUAGUUCUAACCGUCAGUAAAACAAACGUGCCCAACAAACUUGAGUUGACAUUUCUAAAUAAAUUACCACCAAAUUUGAACUAUAUAAAGCAACUUGCCUUAGCUGAUCAAUUAGACGAAGUAGCGACUCUCGCCAUGAGUGUUAUUGAAUCACCAGUCGAAGGAGAUAUCUCUGAAAUCCCACUUAUUCCUUUGGCGGAAUUGCUAUUUUCAAAACUCGAAGAAAACUUGGAGAAAUGGAAAGAUCGCACUUGGAUGGUGACGCAGGGCAAAAUUUAGGGGUGCUUCACUCUUUCUAAACUCGGUAUUUCAGGUCGACGUCAAUUCAGGCACGACGGUGACGUUUCACGACGCAUACGAAAAGAGCAAAUGCGUGGCUAAUGUCAUGGCCCGACUGGGCUUCAAGCAGGGCGACGUUUUGUACUACGUGACGUACGAAAUGGCCCAGCUCUUCGUCCUGCACUUGGCCACCUGGCUGCUCGGGGGUGCAGUCAGGGGAUGCUACCAGGGAGAGUCCGCAGAAGUAUACGCGCGACAGAUCAACGAGAGCAAAGCGCGGAUAGUGGUUGUCGACUUCGACACCGCCCCAGUGAUGAAAAGAGCAAUCGAAUCUCUGGACUGGGAGGUGCAGCUUUUUUACGUAGGCCGCACCCCCGUGGAAAACGCUGUAGGGUUUGAAACCAUUGCAAUGGACACUGACGAUUCUGCGAUGCCGGAGUUUUUGGAAAUCGAUCCUAAGGAGGAGGUGGUCGCGAUUCCUUCAACCAGCGGAAGCACAGGAACGCCGAAAGGCGUCCUCCACACUCACUACUCAGCAGUGUCCCAGCUCGUCAUGUUUUCAAAAUUCGACUACAUGCGAGAAGACACACGUGCCAUGGCCCUGAUGACAAACUACGCCGUCGGAAAUUUUUUGCUGACGUUGAACGCUUUGUAUUCAGGCGCGACGAUUUACAACAUUGGCAAAUUCAGCUACGAUAUUUAUUUCGAUUUGAUUCUGCAAUACAAGCCCAACUUCAUCAUGUUUUAUCCUUUCGUUGCGAGCUGGUUCGCCAAAAGCAGGCAAAUUUCUGAGCUGGAUUUGGGGUUUAUUGAGAAGAUUUUUAUCGCCGCCUGGGUCUUGGACCCUACUACCGCGGAUACGCUCCACCAGAAGCUCCCUAAAGCGAAAAUAACUCAACUCUAUGGCAUGACCGAAGUUAUCGGCGUUUCGGCUUCAGAUUUGCUUGACGGUGCUGAUUGUGAAAUCAAACCACUAACGGUUAUAGAAAAUGAAGGUGAACUUUGCGUGGCUUCGGGGCACCUUUUGCCUUUUGUGAAAGCGAAGAUUGUCGACUUGAGCACUGGGAGAAUUCUCCCAAAAGGAGAGCGAGGGGAAAUAGUUUUAUCAACACCGUCUGCAAUGAAAGGAUACCUAAUAGAUGGAGAAGUGCAGCUCCGUGAAAAUGAAUGGUUUCAUACCGGCGACUUGGGAUUUUUCGACGACGAAGAAAACAUCUACGUCAUUGAAAGGAUGACGUUUAUGUUCAAAUACCUCUCUCUAUUUGUAUCGCCGAGUGAAAUAGAAUCUGUCUUGUGCGAGCACCCAUCCAUCCAGGCUGCAGGUGUUACCGGAAUCCCCGAUCCAGAGGUCACAACCUGCGCCAGGGCCUACGUGGUUACCAAACCGGGCAUGCAGCUGACCGAGGACGAAGCGUGUGCUUUUGUGGCGGAAAAGUUGCCAGAGUAUAAGCACUUGCACGGUGGCGUCAGGUUCCUGGAGAAACUGCCGGUUAACAAGGGUGGAAAAUUAGACAGGGGGAAAUUGAAGGAGAUCGCGUCAGCAGAAAAUUGAAAACUGGCAGAAAAUCUAGUAAUAAAUAGGAUUGAAGCUGUUUCAAACUGAGAACUGUUUAGUAUGAUGUAUAUUUUGCUUGAUAUAUUGAUAUAGCAAUUUGGGCAGAUAUUUAAUUUCGAGUAUGUUAUGAAUUUUUGUCUGCCAAUAAAAAGAUUAAAACAAUGGGAAUAAAGAUUUCUUUUCUUUGCAAUUGCCGUUUAGACUUUACUAUUUUGCCUCGCAGAAUGAUGCAAUAAGUGCAAUGCAAAAACGUGUCAACAGUUUCCCCUUCCCCAUUUAAAUAGAGGUAAGUGAAAAACAACACAAGUGCAUUAGAUUGCAUAGGGCAGGUUGUAUAUAACUCAGAGGGUCAGUCUAUUUGCGUGUCAUACAUUAUUUUCAACUCGACUGCAGCUACCCCAACUUUACAAGAUAUCCUGCAUAGUUUACGACCUGAGUUUAAGAGUAUGUGAACUAAAUUUUACUUGCUUAAUUGAUAAAAAGUAGCGACAAGAGAAUAUUACAAGUUUUGAAUGGAUUUAUAACAAUUUAAA